UAUCCAACUUGACGCGACUGGGGGUUGGUGAAUAUGGAUCUCGCCAUGUUGCUGUAAACAACGUAAGAAAGCGGAGUCUUACCUCAGCAUUCAGUCCAAACAUGGAGAAAAAAGACGGGACGGUAACGACCAAACGGAGCAGUUCGGAGCAGCGGAAGCUGCGUUCUCGUGAUGCAGCCAGGUGUAGGCGGAGUCAAGAGACGGAGGUGUUUUAUGAGCUUGCUCGUACUCUUCCGCUCCCCCGACGGGUGUCCACGCACCUGGACAAAGCUGCCAUCAUGAGAGUCACCCUCAGUGCCCUACGCAUGCGGCGCCUCUUGCGAUCCGGUGAGAAUAAGGAGGAGGAGGAGGAGGAGGAGAAGGAGGAUACAGAGGACAUGGAGAAAGAGGAGGAGGAGGAGGAGGAGGAUCAAAUGGAUGCUUUCUAUCCUCAGGCGUUGGCAGGUUUCCUCAUGGUUUUAACAGAGGAAGGAGACAUGAUCUACCUGACAGAAAAUGUCAAUAAACACAUCGGCAUCACACAGCUGGAGCUGCUGGGUCAGAGUGUUUACGACUUUGUUCAUCCCUGCGAUCAAGAGGAGCUCAGAGACAUGUUGACCCCACGGCCAGGGUUGAAUAAGAAAUCAGCAAAAGAACAUCUGACUGAGAGAAACUUCUUCCUGCGAAUAAAAAGCACCCUGACCAGCAGGGGGCGCACAGUCAACAUCAAGUCUGCUACCUGGAAGGUUCUCCACUGCAGUGGUCACAUGCGUCCUUUUGGCAGUAGCUCCACUCUGCCCCUUGCUGCCAGAGUAAUGACUUUGUUGUGUGAGCCCAUCCCUCACCCAUCCAGUGUUGAGUUCCCUCUGGAUACAUGUACUUUCCUGAGCCGCCACAGUAUGGACCUGCGGUUCACACACUGCGAGGGCAGGGUAACAGAGUUGAUAGGAUACAAACCAGAUGAUCUGAUUGGUCGCUCAGCCUAUGAGUUCCACCAUGCACUCGACUCUGAUCACGUCAACAAAAGUCUGCACACAUUGCUGACCAAAGGUCAGGUGAGCACCAGCCACUAUCGCUUUCUGGCGAACAGCGGUGGCUUUGUGUGGGCAGAGACUCAGGCGACUGUCCUCUACAGCAACAAGACGUCGCAGCCCGAGGCCAUUGUCUGCCUAAACUUCAUCCUCAGUGCUGUGGAGCAGCCAGAUGUUGUUUUCUCAGUCGAGCAGCUCCGUUGUGACCGCCUCACGAAAGCUGAACCCCUGUCACCGGCGCCUCCACCUACACCAGAGGAACUGGAGACCCCUGACUCGGAAGGGGGGCAUCUCACUAACUUCAGUCAGACCGAGGAGGUGGGUUCAGAAUCCAGCAGUGCUGCAAAGCUCCUCAUCAAACAGAAGGAGAAACCAGAGGAGCUUGACUUGGCUUCUGAGGAUAAAGAUGCAGUCAAACCACCAGCAGGCUUUGUUGAGCUGUCAUUCAUCAGUCCAAAGACUACGAACUCGGUGCCGGAACAACCUCAGAAACUAUGCACUCCACAGCUGCUACAGCUCCUCACACCCAUCUUUGACCCCAUCACACCACCACCAUCUGCAUCACCAGUCCCCUCAGUGGAUGCUGUCCCUAACUCCAGUGAGGACAAGGAGCAGAUGGACACAAGUAAAGUGGAGAAGUUCUUCGCCACUUGGCAAGAAGAUGGGCAACAGCAAAAAAAAAACCUGGAGAACAUGGAUGAGAUGGAUCUGGAAAUGUUGGCUCCUUACAUCUCUAUGGACGACGAUUUCCAGCUUUCCUUCCUCAGCAGUUUACCUGAGGAAACCAAUGGCCCUUCUUCAGAACCUUCAGUUGUGUCUCCUGCUAUCACACUGAACAGGAAACGGGCUCUUGUCACAGACAAGGACCUGUCGUUUCUGGACAAGAGGCCCAAACAAGGUUCUUUGUCAACAGAAGAGGAAAUUCUUCUCAGCCACAAAAUGUUGGGCUGUCUGGAGGAUACCGACCAAUCAGAUUUGAUCUUAGACCUCACCCCAAGAGGGCGGAGCCAACUGCUCACAGACAGAGACCCUGUUUUAGGAGGGAUGCAGGGACUGUGUGAUACUGCAGCUCUGAUGAAGGAAGUAUUCAUACCACGCCCACCUGACCUGUCUGCACCUCUCUCCCCCAUGACUUGACAGAACCUUUGUCAGUUCACAGAGGUUUCGACAAAAAAAGACAAUGCCAUACUCAUCCGCACAUAUGCUAAUGCAACACAAACAUGUAUAUACAUGAUUAUAGACUCACACAUGCUGUAUAACUGUGCUGUACGGUCGACUAGACGUCACAGCUUGUAGCUUGAACCAGAACCGGUUACUAAUGUGUUUUCUCAUCCAUAUCUCACUAUCAAACCAGAGCCAAUGAUGUUUCAUAGAUGAGGAGAGAAGUGGUGUGAGAAUUCUCUCCCUUUAACAUAAUACUGCAAAGUCCAAUGUUCUUUUCAUGUUACAUGCUAUCUGUGAUUUAAUGUGGUCGGUGUGUUUGAUGGAAACAGCAGGUGGUGCUAAAGGUGAAAUAUAAAAAAUCCUGCAUGAGUUUAACAGCGAGACAAACUUUUGCAGCUAAAUUGUACUUGUAAUCUGUUUUGGUGCUUCUGUCAUCAUUUUUCCAUGUAAAGAACGAGCUCCCGUUAUUCCCAUGAUUCUCUUCAUUUGUGAAAAAUUGCUCUCACUGCCGUUACAAUCAAAUCAAUCACACCAACAAACAGACUUGCGAAUAUCAGUGGCGUCAUUCUUCAGUGACAUAUUUUACAUCUUUUUAUACACUUAAUAAAAUAUAUAUAUAUAUAUUUUUUUUUUCCCAGUUAAUUCUUUUAGUCGAAGUUCUAAACUGUGAAUCUUAUUUUGUUAACUACAGAUGAGUCCGCAACUAGUUAGUCAGGGUGUUUGUCAUGCUGAGUUAUUGGGUGGGUGGGGCUUAUACAAUACUGCCUGUGAGGUCACGGGAAUCUUCAGACAUAUGAGGUGUGACUGAACUGUUUCCUCUGUUUUGAUUCACGUGCGAUCAGAAUGUCGAUCGAUGCAUGGUUUGAUUUAGUUUGAUUAUAAUUUCAAAUAUAUAAUCUGAUUAAAUUUCCGUGCUGAAGCAGUUAAUGAGAUGAACAGAGUUAGCUCGCUUAUAUUCUCAUUAGAAGUGUAAGUAACACUAGUAAUCUUGUUUUUGUCACAUAAAUUUCAUAUAUAAGAUGAUUGUAGACUAGUGUUUCUCAGUUGUACGGUGAUGUUUCUACAAAGAGAUGUGUAGGUUUGGUUUUUUUUCCAACUCGGAUACAUUUGCUACAUAAACCCUCAAACUAUCCACA